AUGCGUGUAAUCACUUCUCCUUCAGCCAUCGUUCCAGACCCACCCAAUACACCUUCCACGCCUUCGUCAUCUCCUCCACCUGUGUCAAACAACCCAAUCCAGUCGCCUCCUUUUGCUCCUCCCUCUAAUCCACCCGAUCUUCCAGAUUUUGCUCCGCCUGUUCAACCGGGCGAUCCUCUUGCACACCAACCGGAUGUUCAGCCGGACGAUCCAGUCAUUCCCGAUUCUCUUCCUUUUGUUCCCGUUCAGCCUCUUCGUCGUUCUCAACGCUCUCGAGAACCCAACGUCCGCCUCAAGGACUACGUUUGCUCGCAGGUGAUGCUGCCUCCACACCAAUUGUCCUCGGCCUCGUCUCCAAUCCAGUCGCCUCCUUUUGCUCCUCCCUCUAAUCCACCCGAUCUUCCAGAUUUUGCUCCGCCUGUUCAACCGGGCGAUCCUCUUGCACACCAACCGGAUGUUCAGCCGGACGAUCCAGUCAUUCCCGAUUCUCUUCCUCUUGUUCCCGUUCAGCCUCUUCGUCGUUCUCAACGCUCUCGAGAACCCAACGUCCGCCUCAAGGACUACGUUUGCUCGUAG